AUGCUGAUCAACAGCACGCCGCUGGCGCCGGUGCCGGAGACGGAUGCUGGCUCCAAUCUGCUACAAGCAGGUGACCGCCGGCAACGUGCGCAGCUUGCGCUUCCACCAGUUCUUGAAGGCGAUGUGCCUUCAUCCAUGUCACCCGUGGCAUCCUCACCGUCCGCGGCGAGUUUGAGUGCUGAGGUCGCAGGUCUACGCCUGCUGGACGCCACCGCGAUGCCGUCGGAUAGCGAGAGUGCGAGUGAGUCCACGGUGACCAACGUGAGCUGUGCAGACUCCGCCGUGACGAUGAGCGCCAUGAGCGCCAUGAGCGCUCAGUCGGUGCGGAGAAAGACCGAACCCAACGUUCAGAUGAUGUUGACCGAAGGACGAACGAAAAAGAGCCCAAGAAGUGCAAUGUUAAACAAACUCAAUACCAACCUGCUCAGAAAAUCGAGCCGUGUCAGCCUGGGUGAGGGUCGCACCAGUGACUCCACCACAGCCGAAGAGCUGCGCUUUGGCGCGAGGCAGCAGAAGGUGAUGCUGAGGCGUGCCGCCUCUGAGCCGCCCCGCAGCGGUGCCGACGGCAGCGCGGAGCGCGCCGGUUCAGGCUCUCCGCCCCCGAGUCACACCUUUCGUAAGCAGCUGUCCACCUCCUUCGAGCACGCUACGCCACCACGGCAGAAGCGGCGCACUGGUCCGGGUGUGGCCAACGCGGGCAACGAGAAGACAGGCAAGUUUAAGAUGAGCCCGCCGCCACGAGCUGCCAAUAGCCGCGAGCCAAGUAUGGUGGCGUCGGCAUCGGUGCCCAGAUUGCCAUCGCAACGCUUGAGCUCCAGCAAUCACCUGGAGAAAUUCCGCAGCCAGCGGAGCUCGGCACGACACCUGCAGUUGGCCCUGGGUGAGGAUGCCAAAGAUGCCUUCCGACGGGCCCUGCUGCAAGGCACCCACCAGUGCCGUUGUGCCAAACUGGGCUUUGUGGGCCCCGCGCGGGCGGGCAAGACGUCCACCCUGCGGGCGCUUUCCGGGUUGCCCUUGAGGGUUGAGGAGGAGAGUACUCCGGGCCUCGCCUGCUGGGCUCUAUCCCAGGAGCUGUUGUCUGCUGCCCCGGGGCGUCGGUGGCAACUCCAGGAUCAGGCGGCUGCCAGCACUGCCCGCUGGGAUCGUGGUGUCGCCAAGUAUGUGGCUGACAUGGUGCGCCCCAAGGCCGGGCAAGGCGCUACUGGCAGCACCCAACAGCCCUGCACGGAGACCUUGGACCCCAGUGUCAUGAAGCGAAUGCCCGUGGACCUCAUAGCCAGGCGCUUAGGCGAGACGGUCAACGGUGCACCGGCGCAAGAGGAGAAGACGGUAGUGCUAGAGGCCUAUGACUUUGGCGGGCAAGACGUUUACUAUGCCAUGCACCACCUCUUCCUGAGCGACUAUGGCAUCUACCUCGCCUGCAUCGACCUCUCCUCGCUGCGCCCUUCCGUCUCGCCCGCGGACGCCACCGGGCCCACAGGGCCAGGGCCGCCGGGGGCCGAUGACUUGGAGAAGGAUGUGGACAAAAGCACACAGACCUGGGAUGCCUUGGAGUGGUGGUUAGCCUCCAUUGUGGUGCAUGCGCCCAACUCGCCUGUGGCCAUCGUGGGCACGCACGAGGAUUGUCUCCCAGAGGCUUCGCGGCCAAGUAUUCACGCGGAGGUACAUCAGCGCAUCACCGCGUUCUGCAAGAAGCUGCCGGAGCUCAACGAGCAGCUGCACAUCAACGAGACGGGGCAGCUUUGCUUCUUCCCCAUGGACAACUCCGGCGUGGACAGUGGCCGCAGUGCCAAACUGCUGCAGAGGGCGGUCGAGGCCAUGGUGGCCAAGUUGCUGCAAGGCACAUUGGGCAAGCCCAUUCCCUUGCGCUGGAGCCAUUUCUGGGCCGUGCUUCAACGAGCCAGCGGCACCAGCAACUUGGGCCCCUUGACGAAAGUAGAGGAACUUUGGAGGCGUUCGGCGCGCUAUGGCUUUGAGUCCAUGCAGGAGCUGCAGAAUUUCCUGCGCCAUUUUCAUGGCCUGGGCGCCCUGCUCCACUUCCCGGAGGUGGAGGAGCUCCGUGACUUGGUUUGCUUGAAACCUGCCUGGGUGGGAGAUGCAGCUGCAGCAGUGCUGACGGCCAAAGACAAAGUCUUCCAGGGCUGUGUUCGCCAUGUCGCAGAACUGAAGGAACGAGGCAUGCUGCACACGCAACUGCUCACCGCUGUGUGGCGGGCACGGCCCUUUGCGCGAUACCACCAGCAGCUGGUGGGCUUGCUGCAGGCCCUGGACCUUCUCUUGGCCUGGGGGCAUGACAAGCAGAGUCAGCUGCAGACGCCGAGGGGUCGCCAGCCCGCAACGGAUGUGCAGAAGAUCUACCUGGUGCCUUCCCAGCUGCCUGUGCGACCUCCACGUGAACGAGAAGUGGAUGAGGUGGCAAGCCAGGAUGCAGUGGUCCUCUACUUCGACUUCCAUGGUUUACUUCGCCGCUUACUGCCAACACUGAUCCCCCGACUGCUUUGUAGCCUGAGCCGAGUGGAAUCUGGGGUGCAGAUUUUGUCGAUCUAUGCGAACUAUGCCUUGUUCGCCAGCUCCACACAGGGCCAGGCCCAGGGCGACUCUUUGAGAUCCUCUGGGAGCCGCCGCACCGUGUCGAUGCUGCUGGUGUCCGUGCAGCCUUGUGGCGAGUUUUUGCGCUGCUGCCUGCGGCCGCGGCGUGGGGGCGAUGCCAGGCUGAGCUGGAAACAUGUGGCUUGGUUGCUGCACAACUUCCGCGAAGCGGUCAGUGCAUGGAUGCCAAGGAUCAGCUUCCGCGCGGGUCUCCGCUGUCCAACCUGCACUGCUGGCCACGCUCAUGUUCUGGACCUACACACCGUGCUACGGGAUGAGGACCUGGCUGUGUGCUCCAGAUCCGGUGACCUCUUAGAUGACCUGCCAACUUGGCUAUUGGACUGGCGGCAACACCUGCAACGUGCACAGCCUGGCUCCCCGCGCACUUCAGUCAUGAAGCUGGAAGAUGAUGAGCCGAAGAAACCGUUGGAGGGCCGCAGUUUGCAGCUGGACUACCUCUACGCCUCGCCACUGGACCUAGCGUCGCUGGACGUCCGGGCGGAGAUCGAUGCGCUGGCGGCCAUCCCUGGGGUGAAGCUCACGGUUCGCACUGCGACGACUGAAACCCUUGCAGAAGUCUGGAGGACCGAACGCUGUCCUGGUCCUCGUGUUUUAGUGCUAGCGGCGCAUUGUGCCGUUUCUGCUCUGGCGCAGCCCUCUUUGCUGCUGGAAGACGCCGUAGGCCACGCCCACGUCUUGGGCAUCCACGACUUGGACGACUUGUUGGCCCUGAACGGGCCGGAGGUGGCUGCGGGUGGAAACCAUGGCUCAGGAGCCGCCUUGUUCGACGUGGUGCUGGUGGACGCCUGCCAUUCCGAGCCCUUGGCGCAUCGCUUCGUGCAGAGCGGGGCCAGCUGUGCGGUGGGCUGCGCAGGUGAAGUCUUUGACGCGGCUGCCCGGGAAUUCCUCCGCGUCUUCCUGCGUUCCCUUGCCGCCGCCGUGGCGCAAGGGGGCCUUGCCAGUAGCGUGGCCAAGGGUGCAUUCCAGGCCGCCCAGCGUGCCGUGCGGCUGUCCCCACAACCCGGGCUACGCUCGGAGGCGGACCACUUCUGUUUUGUGCCCAGCAGCGUUUCAAGUUCCACGGACCGCCUGGCACCGCUGAUGCCGCUGAUGCGAACAUCAGAGUCGCUCUUCGGCCAUCUCCCUCCCCCCGUGGAGGACUUUGUUGGCAGAGGGGCCACCAUCGCCGCUGUGGCAAGUGCCUUCCGCCAGCGUCGUGUGAUCUGGCUCCAUGGCAAGGCUGGCAUCGGCAAAUCGGCCUUGCUCUCGGAGUUUAUUCGCUUCUAUGCCAUGCCUGGGGACAGGCUCUUCUCCCAUUGCUGCCGCUUCGGCGACAACGGCUCGCCUUCGGAGGCUGAGGCGGCGGCUGGUGGACGUGCCACGCAAUGCGGGGUACAACUGCUGAGGGUGUCUGGCCUGGGCCCUGCGGCGGUGCUGGAGCGGCUGAAAGCUGCGGUGCUGGAAAUGCCACGGGCAGGCCCUGCUACACUGCUCGCCUUGGAUGGAGUUGAGGAGAGCCUGGCAGCCCGAGACAGCCAGGCGGCGGAGCUUUGGAGCUUCCUGGGCGAGGCCUUGGCCGAUUCGCCCAUGCGGCUGCUACUGACCUCGCGGGAGCCCCGCUACGACGCGCCGCUGCCGGGCAAGGCGGUCGCCAUUGAGGUGCCGCUGCUGUCGCCAGAGGACGCCUGCCUCCUGUUGGCGCGCCGCGCUCAUCGGCCGCUCUUCCAGCGCGAUUUGGAUGGCGCCUGCCGCCCUGGCGGAGACCCCUUGGCGCUGUCCACGCGACGUCGGGAGCUGUUGCUGAGAUUGGCGCAGCACCCCUUAGCCGCCAAAAUGGGUGACAGCCCCGCGGACGUCAUCGCCGCGGCCCAGCAGAUCACCCCGCAGCUCUCAACGCUCUUCGCCCAUCCCUUGUUGCAGGAGGGUAGCAACAGUGCAUGAUGAACUGAGUGGCCUGUAGCAGGCUCAGGCUUAUUUAGGCUUAGUGGUUUCGACGCGUUGUGUGUACCGAAAGGGCUCCCCAACCCCAGCAUUCCUGCGGUUGCGGGAUCUAAAAGCAUUGCUU